AUGUCGUCGUUUUCGGCAGCACUUAAUUCUGCUGCACAAGCGAAUGACCGCCUAAAGACCCUGCAGGGUCAGGUGCAUCCGGCUACCCAGCAAUAUGAUCAUCCUCUUGAUCCCUUAUCGGCAACGGAAAUCUCUGUAGCUUCAUCCCUUAUUAAAGCGAAGCACCUUGGAAAGCGAUUCCAAUUUCGUUAUGUCACGCUCGUAGAGCCUCCAAAGAAGCAAUUGACAGUGUACCUGGAUGAGGAGCUGGCAGGAAGGGCUCCAUCCCAGAAGCCGGACAGGAUUGUCGAGGCUCUAUACUCGGUCUUCGACAAUGAAACCGGAUGGUCAUAUAAAUGCUAUGAGAGCAUCGUGAACUUGACGACAAGCCAGGUCGUCAAAGAGCAACCCCUGCCCGAGGGUGCCGCUGAGCCGUUGUCGUUCAAGACCAUGGCUAAUGCACAGGAAAUUCUGGUUCAAUCAAAAGAGUUCAAAGAUGCUGUUGCCAAAUUGAACCUUCCAGAGAAUAUCGUUAUCGAGAUUGAUCCUUGGAUGUAUGGCGUCGACCAACCGAAGGCUGGGCCAACCCGCUUGUCCUUCCUCUGUUAUGCUAGGCACCCCUCGAAUAACCACCCGGAUGGAAAUAUCUAUUCCAUUCCGCUACCAAUUAUCCCGUUAAUGGACCUCCAAACGAUGACGGUUCUUUCUAUUGAGCCGGCCGCAUCCGGAGGUACCGAAGACGGCUUCACUUAUGGCACCCAUCCCGAAAGAGCCAUUGACCACUGUAUUGCGAACGAAUAUGUUCCAGAACUACAGCCGAAGGGGCUAAGAAAGGACUUGAAACCCUUGCAGGUCGUGCAACCUGAAGGAGCUAGCUUUACAAUUAAAGGAAGGCUCGUUGAAUGGCAAAAGUGGCGCUUCAGAGUCGGCUGGAACUACCGUGAAGGUGCCAUCAUUCAUGAUGUUACCUAUGACGGUAGAAGAGUGUUUCAUAGGCUUAGUCUUUCUGAUAUGACAGUACCCUAUGGCGACCCCCGGACACCUUAUCACAGGAAACAGGCGUUCGAUCUUGGCGAUCUCGGUGCGGGAUUAUCCGCCAACAACCUCGCACUAGGCUGCGAUUGUUUAGGUCUCAUCCAUUACUUCCCAGGAGCUCUGACGACUCAUACCGGGGAAGGAGAGGUCAAGGGGAACGCUGUUUGCUUGCACGAACAGGAUAUGGGAAUUGGCUGGAAGCAUACCAAUUACCGAACCGAUAGGGCAGUCCUAACUAGAAACCGCAUGCUCGUAGUGCAACAAAUUUUGACCGUUGCAAAUUACGAGUAUAUCUUCGCUUGGCAGUUCGAUCAGGCUGGAGCUAUCCAUUUUGAAACCAGAGCUACUGGUAUCCUGUCAACAUGCAUGAUCGACCCAGGGAAGGUGUCAGAGUGGGGUAACGUCGUAUCCCCGGGUGUUUUGGCACAGUAUCAUCAGCAUAUUUUCUGUCUGAGGAUCGACCCCGCCAUCGACGGAUGGCAGAACAGCGUUGUCCAGGAGGAGGCAGUAUCGUUACCGAUAUCUGCUGAACGCAAUCCUUUUGGCAAUGCAUUUGUCACUGAGAAGAAGGUCAUCAAGACUAGUUCAUAUGCGGACGCUGCACCCCAUAAGAACAGGGUUUUCAAGAUCAUCAAUCCUUCCAAGUUCAACCCUCAUAGCAAAAACCCUGUCAGCUAUAAAUUAGUUCCUCAUACGGGUCAGCUCCUCCUGGCAGACCCAGGUAGUGUCGCAGCUGCAAGAGCUCGAUUCGCGCAGCACCACAUCUGGGUCACAAAACAUCGAGAUGAGGAUCUUUGGUGCGCCGGCAAGUUCACCAAUCAAGCAUCCAGAGAGGAUGGAGGCGUCCAGGAUAUGAUCGAAAGAAAUGAAAAUGUGGAGAACGACGAUAUAUUGGUCUGGCAUACAUUUGGAAUGACGCAUAUACCACGAGUGGAAGACUUCCCAGUCAUGCCUGUGGAGAUUCACCAAGUCAGCCUGAAACCUGCAGAUUUCUUUGAUCGAAAUCCAGCAAUCGAUGUCCCUGCGUCGAAUCAAUUGGCCAACAAAUCAGUUCUAUAUGACGACUUCAACGCCAAGUCCGGGUCUUGCUGCUCGUAA